CUUGCAUUUCGCUAGAUAUGGAUCUAAUUCAAGAGGUAAAAAAAUUGACAGAUUUUGAAGCCUUCAGAGGCCAUUUAGCCCACAACCAGGGCCUGAAACAAAUGGUUCUGAAUCGUUCAAAUCCUUCUGAAUGUGGUGUAGGAUUGGGAUUUUAUCCUAACGAUAAACAAAUUUGCGUUGAACAAAAUAAUAGGGACAUCUGCACCGAGGACAUUGGAGGACCAUUGGUGCGGAGAAUUACCUACGAGAGGGAGUAUGGCUUCUUGCUCUUGGGGAUCACGAGUAUCGUAAAGGACUCCUGCGAAGGGAAUAUGAUCUUUACCAACGUGAUGAGCUAUGUCGAUUGGAUUGAAUAUCAUAUUAAUCCCAGUUCUGGAGAAACUGAAAGUGAAGACAAUAAUACCAGUCCUCCUUCCCCGAAAUCGACGACUACGGAAGUACCGCAGGAGCAACCACAAUUUCUUAACAGUGAUUGUGGGGAAUAUACAAGUGGGAUCCAUCCGUGGUCCAUCCACAUCUAUGGGAAUGGGUUUAUGGCCAAGGGCACGGUUAUCACAGAUCGUUUCAUUGUGACGAAUGCCCAUAAUAUGCCUAACGAACCGAACUCAUUAGAAGUGGAUAUGGUGGAUUCAACUGGAUCAUAUGAGUUCUAUGUGGAUUUGGUGCUCAAACAUCCAGAGUAUCGGGAUGGAUAUCAGAACGAUAUUGCGUUGCUGCGCUUGACAAAACCUCUUUCAUCGACGGUGAAACCGAUUUGUCUAAUCACCAAUCCCGCAAACAACAAAAAGCUGGUUCGCCUAAAUUAUAGCUUAAUAAUUAACGAAAAUAAAAAUGCGUUAAUAAAAGAAGUCCGCCGUCUGACUUCUUAUGAAUGCGCGGAAAAAUUAAGUAAACGAAUCGAUGAAAAUCAGUUCUGUGUGACGAUACCUGCGGGGACAGAACAUGGUAGUCCUGGCGACAUUAUUGGCCUAGAUUUGAAUGAUGAUGGGGAACAUAAGUACACAAUUACGGGAAUCGCUAGCUAUUCGAAAAAUGGAAUAAAAGUCAUCACUGAUGUGGUAAAACAUUCUGAAUGGAUUUUGCAGGAAGUUCAAAAGCACCAAGUAUGAGGAGCACUUUCACAGAUAUGUAUGAGAACAGAUUUUUAUUAUUAAAUUUUGAACAGUGACUAAUAAUAUGUACAUGCUUUAAAUUUAGCUUUAAAUGUAUACAAUAAA